CAGAUUUGUGUGAGAAAGUGAGGAAAACUUAUGGAGUGUUCCACAAAUCUUCCACAAGCGGCCUUUUUUUCCGCUGAGGAGAAAGUGCAGUUGAUAAGUGGUAAUUUCCCACGGCAUAUUACUAAAGAAAGACUCAAAGAAUGGUUGUCAUUCCUUAAAGGGACGGCUAAAGAUGGUAGUGCACGGUCUGAAGCAACGAAGGCUGAGUUAUCUCAAAGGGUCAUCAGUUAUAUAAAAAAUGGUUGGGAGAAAAAUUUUACGGAGAAGUGGCAACACUUGGCGGCAAGUAAACCACUGGAGCAAACGGCGACCGUCAAUUGUGAUUUCCCUGGAUCUGCACAAUGGGUUUCGCUGGUUGACGCGAAGGACGAUGUCCCUUCAUUUAAUAUUCAGAAUAUCGUGUCUUACUUUAUUGAAAGAAAAGCUAAAGACAAUGAAUCCAACAAAGAUUUCAAGAAUGUCAGCAGCAAAGCUUUCGGUUUGUUUCGACAUGGUCAUAUCCAAAAACUUAGUUUGCCAUUUCUCAAGUAA